AGGAGAUUUUUAGGUAAACCCAAAAAUAAAAUGGGAAAAUGGGAAUGACAAAAAAAUAAAAAUAAAUACUAACAAAGGGAAUCAUUCUCAUUCCAGCGAACCAAACGACACCUAAAUAUUUAUCUAUAACUCUGAAGGCUACGUAAUGCAUUAUCCUUUUCAAAUGAGGAAUAAAUCUAGAGUUAAGAAAAAAAGAAAAUAAACCAAACAAAAUUAGCACAUAGCAGUUGAUGUCCAACAUGAACACCUGCCUCAACAAAGUCUUCUCUUUUCUCUGUUGUUAGUUUUGGUCAGAAAUACCAAAAAUGUCAGACCAAUACUGGAGGUACACCGAUUCAAGGCAACCGCCCGCCGUUUCAUCACUCCCCGCGAAACGCCCUCGCUCCGAUUACGAUGUUCCAUCUGGACGGGAUGUAGCUGGUUAUUACUCUCGUGAUGAUGACAGGCUAGCUCACCGUGCAAUUAGAGAUACUGAGUCCAUAAACCAAUCUUAUGAUCGUUACCUGAGAAGCACACAACUUUAUCCUGGGGCAGAUUCAGGAAGAUUACCUAGCUCUGGCAUAUCUAGUCAUGCUGUUGAUGAUCCUCGACUUGGAAACGAUCCUCGACAUGGAAACGAUCCUCGAUUAGGAAAUGAUCCUCGCAUGUCUGGUGACCCACGUAUGGUAAGUGAUCCACGUAUGGUAACUGAUCCACGAAUCAAUAGCGACCCUCGAAUGACAGGUAUUGGAAUUAUGGACCCUGCGAUGUCCCUGAAGGGGCGGGGCUCCAAUCUUGGAUCUGGAAGGUCUGAGGUUUCCCUUCCACCUGAUGCUAGCAGUACUCUCUAUGUAGAGGGCUUGCCUGCAAACUGUACGCGCAGGGAAGUGGCUCACAUCUUUCGUCCCUUUGUGGGCUACAAGGAGGUCAGGCUUGUGACCAAGGAAGCAAGACAUUCUGGGGGAGAUCCACUUGUGCUGUGUUUUGUUGACUUUUUGAGUCCCGCACAUGCUGCAACAGCGUUGGAUGCCUUACAAGGUUAUAAGUUCGAUGAGAAUGACCGUGACACUUCUAUUUUGAGGCUGCAAUUCGCUCGUUAUCCGGGUGCAAGGUCAGGUGGUGGCCAUCGCGGCAAGCGUUGAACGGUGUGAUUUUGCAGGUGAUAAAAGUCUUCCAUUUGAUCAGGCUUAGGCACAAUUCGCUCUUUAGGUUAUAGCUGUAACUCGAACAAUUUUCGCUGUAAAUUACCAAAGGGAGUUUCUAUGUAGGAAUCCGCUCAAAAUGGGAGGUUUGCGAAAUUGAGGUUGAUAUGAUCACCUUUGAGAUCCACACACCAAUUUCUGCGGCUUUUUAUUUAGUACCAACUCGUGGGAUUCGGGGGCUUGUAGCUAGUUUGGAGCUUGUGCCCUUUUAUUAGAAACUUAUGAAAUGCCAGAGUGCCAGACUGUAUUCGCUUUUAGUUUUAGAUACUUGGAAACUUGCUACUUAUGUAUCUGACUGAAAUACAUCGUCGACAUUGCCUGGUCUUGAAGUUGGUUUUCCUUGCUUAUAGCAAUUUCUGCAAUGCUAGGGAUCAAUAUCUAUACCUGCAAUGGUUUGAUGAGGAGUGACUGUACAACCUCUAUUCAUCUGUUACUUCAGUUCUUGUAAUCACUCAAUGUAAAAGCGAGCCAACUGCGUUUCAAUUAUGUACCUUGUUUGGUGUUUUGGGCUUGGGGGGUUGAUAGACUUGAUGCUGUUUCUGUACCUAUUUCUACUUUAUUGCAAGAUACUAGCAUUUCUUUAUCAGCAGGAUGCUUUCUUUUUACUGAGUUUUUGAAAAAAGAAAACAUUAUUUCUCAGGCACGACUCUUGAUUUUCAUCAUCUGCUGAAAUUUUAUGUUUUUUAAAAUUGCUGCUGAAAUUUCAGAUUUUCAUGACUUAUCAACACUAAAUUUCUCAACCAAAGUCCUAUUUCAAAACUUUUCAUCUUUGGAGUCUAGUAUUCUUAUAAAUCUAUCCUGAUAAGAAUAGAUUAUGCCUUUUGUCUGCAAUAGAAUGGGAAGAUGAGUGAUUAGAACUAUUUUGCUAUUGGAGCUAUGAGACUUGGUACUGGAACUUUGUUGCCUGCUCCGCUGCUGUUACUUCUUAUUUCAGCUGUGUGUGCUCAGGAAUGUUGAUCACAAUAUUUUUUUUCUUACCUAGUAUGGAUUAUUUCAAUCCCCUAUAGCCCAUACUGUCCGUGUUUAAGGCUGGACUUGGGGCGUUGAUUACUUCAGCCAUGAGCAUAUGGUGGUAUGACUGUAUUCGCUACAUCUCGAUCCAUCCUGUAGUGACUGUCUGUCAACCUCUGGAAAACUCUUUUCACGGUGAAUUCAAGUAUGUUUCUCGAGGAACUUUGGAUGCAAUUUCUUCAUUUCUUUUGACCAAGGCCAUGUAAUUGGGUUGGAGGAAGCAUUCAUCCAUAAACAUGAUGAUCUGGCAUUUUGUACCUGAGUUAAGAUCUUUGUUGCUUCACUUAUUAAGGAGUCGCUGAUAGUACAAGUGUUGAGCUCUUCAUUAGGUACAAGUGAAAAUGAGCUCUUCAUUAGGUACAAGUGAAAAUGAGCUCUUCAUUAGGUACAGGUGAUUAUGAGCUCUUCAUUAGGUACUUAGUUUAGAAUUUAUGCAGAGUAGUUUUGAACUUUUAUCAAUUGUUAACUUUAGUCAGUGUGACAGCAAGGCUGUUAGCCUAUUACCAUGGUUUAUGAUAAGUACUUGGAAGUUGGAAUGUUAUAAUGUUCGAACCAGUCAGGCGACCUCUGUUUUAAAGAGCUCUGUCCACAUCAGUGGUUCUGUACAUUACUAAUCCACCAUUUAGUGAGUUGAGCCUUUGGCAUUUUUUUUUUGGAAAGCUGCUUCAUACACAGUGCUCCUCUUUAUGACCGAGAACGGAAUGCAGUCAUGUUGAGUGUCUUGAAUAGUGCGAUCAGGACUUACAUUAAGCUGUUCCAGCUUGUGAUUUAUUUGCCUGAAUAGUUUGUUUCAAAUUCUGUAAUUUCUGAGGAUAUUUUGCUAUAAAAGAAUUGGUGUCUGCUCAAAGUUUGCGAAGUCAGAAGUGACUGUUUCUGUUGCAAUCCGUUGAACUUAACUCUCUGGACAAGUAUCGGGUUAGUGACCUAAACAUAUAUUUGUGAUUAAGGUUACAGUAGUUUGCUUCGAUGGAUAUACACCAUCUUAUGAAAUGGGUAUGGAAUUCUCUGAUCUGAUCAUAAUAAUCUAGAAUUGUUUUGUUGUGGUGUAAGCAGUUAUGCUGAGCAGGUUUGUGCUCUUUCACUCGCCCUUGACUGGUGUGCUGCCUGUAUUGUGUUACCUUGCAAAGGAACUAUACUCUUCGUUGUUAAAUACUUUGCAUUAGCAUAUUAAAUCGAGUUAAAAUUACCGAAUUGAUGCAGCAUUCCUCUCGCUAACCUCUACUCAACUAUUUGCAUCCAACAACAGCUGGAAAAUUUUGUAAUACUGCCUAAUUUUUAUGGCCUAUAUGGCUAUAUGUAUUAUUUGCCAAGUUCUUAGUUUGAGCAUGCAAUGUAUCUUGGGCUUGUGCGUACUUCGUAAAAUUUCUACUAUCCACAAUUCAUGUAAGCAUAUAUACUAUAGUAAACGAGUAUCUUCGUAAUGUUUUAUUGUGUUAGGUUAAGUGACAGGGAAAAAGGUAAUUUGUAUCAUCGUCUCUUUGAUUUUGAGAGCUUUAGCUUUGC